AUGGUGCAGCAGGCCGAGAGCUCGGAAGCCGAGAGCAACCUGCCCCGGGACGCGCUGGACACCGAGGAGGGCGAGUUCAUGGCGUGCAGCCCGGUGGCCCUGGACGAGAGCGACCCGGACUGGUGCAAGACGGCGUCGGGCCACAUCAAACGGCCCAUGAACGCCUUCAUGGUGUGGUCCAAGAUCGAGCGCAGGAAGAUCAUGGAGCAAUCGCCCGACAUGCACAACGCCGAGAUCUCCAAGAGGCUGGGCAAGCGCUGGAAGAUGCUGAAGGACAGCGAGAAGAUCCCGUUCAUCCGGGAGGCGGAGCGCCUGCGCCUGAAGCACAUGGCUGAUUAUCCCGAUUACAAGUACCGACCGCGCAAAAAGCCCAAGACGGACCCAGCGGCCAAGCCCAGCGCGGGCCAGAGCCCCGACAAGAGCGCGGCGGGCGCCAAGGCAGCCAAGGGCCCCGGCAAGAAGUGCGCCAAGCUCAAGGCGCCUGCGGGCAAGGCGGGCGCGGGCAAGGCGGCGCAGCCCGGGGACUGCGGCGCGGGCAAGGCAGCCAAGUGCGUCUUCCUGGACGACGACGAUGAAGAAGACGACGAGGAUGACGAGCUGCAGCUACGGCCCAAGCCGGACGCUGACGACGACGACGACGAGCCCGCGCACUCGCACCUGCUGCCGCCGCCGGCGCAGCAGCAGCCCCCUCAGCUGCUGAGGCGCUACAGCGUGGCCAAGGUACCCGCCAGCCCCACGCUCAGCAGUGCCGCCGAGUCCCCCGAGGGCGCGAGCCUGUACGACGAAGUGCGCGCGGGCGGCCGGCUCUACUACAGCUUCAAGAACAUCACCAAGCAGCAGCCUCCGCCCGCGCCUCCCGCGCUGUCGCCCGCGUCCUCACGCUGCGUGUCCACCUCUUCAUCCAGCGGCAGCAGCAGCGGCAGCGGCGCCGAGGAUACCGACGACCUCAUGUUCGACCUGAGCUUGAAUUUCUCCCAGGGCGCGCACAGCGCCUGCGAGCAGCCACUGGGCGCGGGAGCGGCGGGGAACCUGUCCCUGUCGCUGGUGGAUAAGGACCUGGAUUCCUUCAGCGAGGGCAGCCUGGGUUCCCACUUCGAGUUCCCCGACUACUGCACGCCGGAGCUGAGCGAGAUGAUCGCGGGGGACUGGCUGGAGGCGAACUUCUCCGACCUGGUGUUCACGUAUUGA